CCAGCAGAACCACCAUGCCGACCGCCGCCGCCGCUCCUGCUGUCACCCCAACCUCUUCCCCGGUCACCGUCCCUCCUCCCAAUACCAUCCCAUCUCCUUCCAAUUCAACCCACUCCACACUACACCCAAAGCAGCUCCGAGCCCUCCAGUCCCUCAGAAUCCCAACUGCCAAAGACCCUUGUGCCCAGCCUUCCCUAUUCAGCCACAUAGUCUCGCUCCACCUCUCCAAUUGCUCCAACGGCGUUUCCCUCUCCUUCACCGCCCUCAAGUCCCUCUCCACCGUCCAGUCUCUCUCCUUCACCGACAUCCCCAUUAUCCAUAUCUGUUUCCCAUCAGAUCUCGCUCUCGCCCUCCGCUUUUUCACUUGUGUGCAUUCUCUCAAACACCUCACGGGCGUCUGGCUCUCCCACUUCGUCAACCUCACCGACCUCACCGUAACCGAUGUCCCCGUCAGCGCCAGCGGGCUCUACGUCGUCAUCGGGAAUAUGCACAAGCUACGGUCGCUCACCAUCACGAAUGCGAAUCUCACGUGCUCGAUUCCGAAGCAAUUGGUCGAGAAUCUCGCCCGUGUGGAACUUUCAGGCAACAGGCUUAAAGGAAGGAUACCAAGUUCAAUUACAAUCCUCGAGAAUCUAGAAACUCUCAAUCAGGUAGAAAGAUCUCCUUUCGGCCCAGGUGAUCCAUUGUUCCCUAAACCAACUGCUCCGCCUCCUUCUUCUGGACAACAAUUGGCUCAUCUGGCUACUUAUUCACCAGAUUCGGUGGCGAUUGGGUAGGAGGAAUGGCAGAGUAAUGCUGCUGCUGCGGCGGGGGCCUGUGUGGAGGUUUGGGAUUGGGGGUUUCGGAGGAGAGGCCCGAUGCUGUAAAAAAGAUAGGGGUGGGUG